AACACGCACGAGGCACAGCAGACGGUCAGCGUGGCGUGCCAACCCUCCCCGGCGGCGUGACUCAAGCUGCCACGGGAGCCCUCUGGUGGUGCGCUGCUCCGCCAUGGUCAGGCCAGCAGUUGGCAGCACGCGUUACGCCUCUCACCAGUUGCUUGUCUGAUGGGAGGAGCUGCUGGGAUAUUGCCUGCGAUAGUCCAUCAGUCGAGGGUUAGUUGUGUUGGAGGCAGGACAGGAGGCAGGUGCACGCAGUGUAGUGCCAGACGCUGGGUGGUCUCCGCCAUCCUGGUGCCUGCAUCGCUCCGCUGUGUGUGACGCGGCCCUAAGAAAGCGGUUGUGUUGCAGUGUGUGGUGUUGCGGGUCGCACAGUGAGGGUGUCGCGGUGCGGCGAGGUGUGGGUAGCCUUAGCACAGCGGUGAAGCGAGACUUGUGGUUGUGAUUGAUGACCCAAAGUGUUGUGUGUGCGAUAGUCGAGGCGCCGCAGACACGCAGCAGGCGAGGCUGGGCGUGCUGAUGAGCGUGUGGGUGGUGCGUGUCGUGGCUGCCGCGCGUCCAUGGUGGUAAGACGGCGCCGCGCUGCUCGCCUCGACGACGAGCGCAGUUGACGGCUUGUGCGGGCGGCGAGGCGGAGGCAGCAAGAAGGGCGGCGUCAGCAGGAGGCAUGGAGUUGGUGACGGGGCGGGGCGGGGCGCGGCGUGGACGGGCGGUGGUGGGGCUGGAUGUGGUGAGCCACACGCUGCCCCGCUCUUACCGCGCCCCCGCCAGCCGCCCCUGCUGCCCGCCGCCCGCCACCCCGCCACCCGUCCAGCCCAGGGACGACAUAUGCAGCGAGCCAGGCUGCCCCGGCUGCCACCCCGACCUGUGCUCCGGGGACCCCAACCUCCAUUGUAGCGCCUUUUCGCCCUACUCCGCCCACCAGCGCCCCGCGACGCCCCCUGGGGACUGGGGGGAGGAUGAUGUGGGGGAAUGCCUCUCCUGUAGUUACGCGGCGCCGCCCCCCUGUGCCUGCCCCGACCCCAGCUGCCGGGGCACCAGCGAGCCGCCCCCUCCCUGCCCUUGGGACUACUGCCCACCCCGCCAGGAGGCCCCGGUCCACUCCCACGCCGCCCACGAGGCUCACCCCACCCAUGACCUGUACAGGGGGCGGGCCUCCUCCGAUUGUUCGCAGCUCCCAAAGUUGCUGAGCCUGGAGGAGAGACUGAGCACCGCCCUGGGCCGCCCGCCGGACAACCACACCCACACCCACACCCACCCGUGCGUCAACAACUCCCACCUCAGCCUCAGCAGCUAUACGCACCACGCCCCCCCAUACACCCACCACAACCACGUCUACGCCCACGAGAUCCCUCCGGCGGGGUCACGUCUCAGCAGGAGCCUGGAGGACCUGCCUAAGGACAUCAAGGACCACAUCCUGCGCUGUCAGUGUUCCUGCGACCAUAUGGGAUACGGAAACUAUUCGAGCACAUCGCUGCACCGCAUCCCUGGGCUCAGCAACGGGUGCUCCUCGCUCAGCACCAAGAACAGCAGCCGCGAGGACGUGUCUCAGGACCUCACGCAGCUCAGCGACUCGCACAAAGCUGGCUGGCUAGGGUUGGAGGUGCCGGCUCACGUGUGGGGCGGCGUAUGUCUGGUGCUGGUGCUGGCGGGCGUGGCGGGCGUGGGCGUGUCCGUGCCCCUCACCCUGCGUGCUGACCCCAACUCUGACCAGCUGGAGAGACUCAGUGCCGCCGUGGAGCUGCUGAGGGACGCGCCGCUCAUUGAUGGGCACAAUGAUCUCCCGUGGAACAUCCGAAAGUUCAUGCACAAUAAACUUCACAGCUUCAACUUCACAGCGGAACUCCAACAGCUGAGGCCGUGGUCACGCUCUUCCUGGUCUCACACUGACCUGCCCAGGCUGCGACGAGGCAUGGUGGGAGCGCAGUUCUGGGUGAGUUACGUACCGUGCGAGGCCCAGCGUCUGAAUGCCGUGCAGCUCACCAUAGAACAGAUCGAUCUCAUUAAGCGCCUCAUCGAGCAGUACCCCGAGGACCUGCGUCUGGCCACCUCUGCUGACGAAGUGGAGGCAGCCUUCAGGGAGGGGCGCAUCGCCAGCCUGAUCGGGGUGGAGGGCGGUCACGCCAUUCAGAACUCCCUGGGCGUGCUGAGGGCGCUGCGGGACUUGGGCGUGCGCUACCUCACCCUCACCCACACCUGCAGCACGCCCUGCAGCCAUUCGAGCAUGAAGUUCACGCCGCAACACCUGGGCAGAAUUCGCAGGGCCGAGUGUGCGCGUGCCAGCGAGGACGACCCUGAAGACCCCAACUCGCCGAGGGGACUCACGCACUUCGGCAGGACAGUAGUGCGAGAGAUGAACCGCCUGGGCCUGCUGGUGGACCUUUCCCACGUGUCGCAGGCCACCAUGCGGGAGGCCCUGGAGGUGUCCCGAGCUCCUGUCAUCUUCAGCCACUCCUCCGUGUACGCCAUCUGCAGGAAUCCCAGGAACGUGCCCGACGAUAUCCUGGAGCGGGUGGCCCUGAACGGUGGCGUGGUGAUGGUGAGUUUCUACACCCAUUUCUUGACGUGCAGCGAGACGGCGACUGUGAGCGACGUGGUGGAUCACAUCAACCACGUGAGGAAGGUGGCCGGGGUCCAACACGUGGGGAUCGGUGCUGACUUCGAUGGUGUUAACAAGCUGCCCGCGGGUCUGGAGGACGUAUCUCGGUACCCGCACCUCUUCGCCGAGCUGAUGAGUGACCCCUCGUGGACCAUUGAGGACCUGAAGAAGCUGGCGGGACAGAACCUGCUAAGAGUGAUGCGAGACGUCGAGAAGGUCCGGGAGGUGAUGAGCCAGCAGGGGGUAGCGCCUCACGAGUGGGAGGUGCCGCCCUCACAGCUUCCGGCGCCCAACAACUGUUCCUACAAGUUCACGAAACGAGGUGACGACUAGUGGCAAAGUCAAGACGGCCGAGCGUUCUGAAGCCAGCCCGCACGCAUCCUCCAUUCCGGGCGAUUGUCGUUUGUUAUGUCUAGGGAUUGGCGUCCAGCAAGAGGGCGUGGUUGGAAAUGAUCAGUGCCUCGUGUGUCCAGGAGUCUGCCAGUGUGACAGAGUAGCCACUGCCAAGAUCACCAGGACGGGACGCGAGGCAGCGGUGGUGUCUUGGUGGCGAGGAGCUGUUGGCGAGGCAAGGCGAAGUGUGUAUGCUUUGAGUCACCAGGACGGAAAGUGAUUGGUGGUGAUUGAUUGGUGGUGAGCAGCGGCUGGUGGGCAGAGCAAGCGAGGCGAGAUCAUAGUGUGCGAGGUCAUAAUGGCAGCAUCACGCCUUGCUGUGUCGCACCCCCCGCAGCACCUCGGCCUGGCACGUGUAGCUGGCAGUGUUAAGUUUUAGGAACCCGGAUUUAGGGAGUUUAAGAAAACUGAUGAACCAGAAGAAUAGAUGACCUUUACUACUCACCGAUAGAACGACAAAUUGUAUGAAUUCGUAGUGAAAUUUAGUAAUUUGACUUGAUUACAGUACUGACUGUUGUAAAAAAAAAAAAAAAAAAAGGGAGUAAAAUAUGUCUAUGUACAUUACUGAUAUUGGGGUGCACUGUCAAAUGUCAGGAUCCAAAUUAUAAUUAAAAGUUGGAGGACGUAA